AGCACUGUUGAAUGACUAUGAACGGAACCUCCCCCUUUGUGUCGUAGCUAGUUUCGCUUCUGUAAACCUGCCCUCUUUGCUGUAUUAGACCGGCCGCUGGAGUUUCUAGGGAUUUUAACCCCCUGGUGUUUUAACAGCUCGAACAGAGACCUUCCUCCUCACACCGUGAAGGUUCCUCGUCUCAGGAUGGAUUUGACUGCGUUCCUCGCGCUGGUUCUUCUUUGCGUCACAGUGCAAGGAUCACAAAAAAACAUCACCGCAUGGUAUGGAAAGACCAUCAAAUUGCCCUGCAAUGGUGGAAAUCUGGCUCUAGAUAACUUGAUUUUUGUCAAGUGGAAAUAUGAAAAUGAUGAUAAAUCCCCAGAAGACCUAUUGAUCAAACAAGCCAACGACAAUGAGGUCACCAUUCUGGCUUCAGAGGAUUAUGCUUCUCGCAUCAGCAUGGGUGACGACUACUCCUUGCAUGUCAGCCAAGCAUCGCUCAGCGAUCAGAAAAUCUUCUCCUGUAUGGUGGUGUACAUCUCUAACCUAAAAGAGUAUCGCCUCAAAGUUUUAGUGAACAAGAAACCGUCCUCAGUGGAGAUAAUCGACAAGUCAGAAGCACUGAAGAAGGACAUAGCGACCACAGUGGGAACUUGCAUUGUAAUAGAUUCAAAUCCUGCAGCCACCAUUACAUGGACAAAAAAUAAAAGUCCCUUGAAAGCCGAUGAAAAAGGUGUCUCCAUCACUCCCAGUGUGAAGCUGAAUCCUGCCACAGGCCUGUCCACAUCCUACUCCACGCUCCAGUAUGCAGCCACCAAGGAGGAUGCUGGGGCUGUGUUCACCUGUGUGUCCACUUACGAGCUGGUUCACAAUGAGACUCAGUUGGAACCGUUACCUGUUCAUUAUCCAUCCGAGAGAGUUCGUCUUGAUAUUGUGCCCAAGGGCCCCAUAAAUGAGGGGGCCAAUGUGACGCUGAGGUGUGCCGGUGAUGGAAACCCACCACCUAACUCCUUUUUAUUUCACAAAAAGGGCGAGAAAAUACUGGUUGAAAAUUCCGACACCUUGACUCUAACUCUGGUCAGCAAAGAGGACACCGGCCUUUACAAAUGCUCACUUCCUGAGAAUGAGAAGCUCGAAGCCUCUCAAAACAUCACCGUUCACUAUGUGAAUCUGGAUCUCAGCCCCUCUGGGAGGGUUGUGAAAAUGGUCGGGGGCAACUUUUCUGUACAAAUUGACCUGGAGACUUCAGUCGACCCUCAAAUCUCAUGGAUGAAGAAUGGAAAAUUGGUGAGUCAACCGGAGUUUGAGAGUCUACUCUACGCCGAUGCAGGUCUUUACACCUGUAAAGUCUCCAUACCUGGAGUGACUUCUUCAGAAAAAAACAUUGAACUGGUCGUAGAAGGAACACCAGUGAUCACCAAUCUGUCUGAAAACAAGGAAGUACUGACAUGUGAGGCUGAGGGAGUACCAGAGCCCCAGUUCAAGUGGAGCAUCAACGUCAUCAUUAUAACAACCUCAUACACAAAAGGAAAGGCCAUUCAAAAAGUCAACGUCACUGAGACGGGCCUCCUGGUCACCUGCAGUGUUAGCAACAAAUACGGAGGAGAUGUGAGGAGCAUCAAUGUUACCACUGCAAAUUCAGGGAUAGACGAACAGCAAAAUGGUUCACCGGACCACGCAACUAUCGUCAUGGUGGUGUUAAUUCUGUUUGUAGUAGUUGUUGCAGCUUUGGGAAUCGGCUAUUGGUUGUACAAAAGGAGGCGGGAAGGAGAAUUUUAUCCCGUGGACCCAAGAGAAACAGACAAUGCACAAACGUCAGAAACCUCCAAUCACACUCCAUAAAAUGUCUCCAAGAAGAACUGCUAAAGACUGAAGAAGUAUUAUUUAAAUUGCCAAAGACAAAGAUUACAAGCCUUCUUCAAAACAGACAACAGCCCCCCCUAGUGGCUGCACAUGAGCACUGCUGCAAGCCAAAGCAAUAUUCCACCCAACAAGUUUUAUACCAGACCCGUCCAUGACCUGACCUGAGGGGAUCCUGUACAUAUGUGUCAGUUGUUAAUACUAAGCUGUAUUCUUUGUAUUUUUGUAUGAAUGCUUCCCACUAAGAUGUUUGACUUUUAUGUGAGGCUAUGACUUGCACUUUUUUUCUACAUUUUUGCUAGUUUGUAAAUCUGUUCAUAAUCAUUGAUUUUCCUUAACAAAUCACAUUAGUGACAAAUAAUGUGUUUUUAUUUAAUUUUUAUUUUUGUUUAAAAAACGUUGUUGUGUUCGCUUAAAAAAAACACGCUUUUCUUUGUCACGUACUCAAAAGUACCUCCUAAUUUGCUGUCACUGGUUCUCAACACUGGUAAUGUCUUGACUGCAAAAGUUGUGUAACACUGCAGGAGUUUUAUUUAAAAGUUUUAUGUAAAAAAUCUGUCCUAUUUAUUUGUUUCAUGUUUAAUUAUUUUGUUUAGAAAGGAGAUCAAUGGAGGGGAAAAUGUUGAAGUUCCAGCAAUACUUGUACAGUUGUUUUGGAAAAUUCAAUGAAGAUGGCUACCAGCUGUACCAUCUGUGCUGAAUUAUUACCGCACUGUGACUCUCAUGGCAGCUUAUAGGUGCAUUUGAUGAUGUAUAAAAAAUAUGUUACAAGGCUAUCAUUGGUCCUUUAAAAGUUGGAGCAUGAGGGUAAGAGACUAUGCAAAAGCAGAAGGAGGGGCUGUUUUCAAGCAAUGCAAAUAAAAGCUACAGCUCCACAAAAUCAAA